CCCUUAGCCCAUUAGCCCAUUAUUUGGCACUUCCCCCACCUUAUCCAUCUCCCUUUCAAAGACAGCAUAUGCCCUUCCAUGGAUGAUGGAUCCCAGUCAUUUCUCCUCCACCCAGAAACUCAUCAACACAAGCACAACCUACCAUUACCAUAGCUACCUAGUAUAGCUCAUUAAAAGGAGCCUUUAGAUACUAACGCCACUGAUGGCUUCUGCAACUACAAGACCAACUUUCUCCUUCCACAUUUCCCAAGUCCCUCCUCCAAAACCCACUGCCCAUUUCUGCAAACUAUCGUUCAUCUCUCUCCAUAAACCUCUAAAGACCCAUUUUAUUAUUCGCUCAGUUGAUGUCUCUAAAGAAGACAAACCACCUGCUACAAACCAACCAAGUAAUCCACCAAUACCAUCAGCAGCAGAAUUACCUUCUGCUGCAGAAUCACCCCCUCAAGAUUUGGAACCGAAAUUUGACCAGCGGAGGUUAGAAGAGAAGUUUGCAGUGUUGAAUACUGGGAUCUAUGAGUGCAGGUCUUGUGGUUACAAAUAUGAUGAGGCUGUUGGCGACCCCUCAUACCCAAUUCCACCAGGAUUGCCGUUUGACAAGUUGCCUGAGGACUGGAGGUGUUGUACUUGUGGGGCUGCAAAGAGUUUCUUCGAAAGUAAGAGUGUGGAGAUCGCUGGUUUUGCACAAAACCAGCAAUAUGGGCUUGGAGGCAACUCGCUUACUUCUGGGCAAAAGGCUAUUUUGAUAUAUGGUAGCUUAUUGUUGUUUUUUGUUUUGUUCUUGUCAGGGUACUUUCUGCAAUAAUGUAUGGCAAUGGAGAAGAUAUUUUGGUUUUA